CCUCCGCCUACACAUGUACGCAGAUGGAACUUUUGUGUCAGAAAAGGAUGCCAACCUUGAUGCGGAGAUUCAUCGCGUUGCUGCUGAGACAAGACGAGAGGACCGACUCGAUGAGGUCUACUUGGAGCUCGUACGUCCCGGUAGGUCACGACUGUACGGCACUGGAAGUGCCGGUGUGAGCCAGUUUAGUAGGGGGUCUACUAACAGUACAGGCUCUUCCCAGAUAUCUCAGCGGAUGUAUGAGACUCGGAUCUCCACACUGGAGGAGCGUCUCCAAAGGGCUGAGGAGGAUAGGGCGGCCCAAGAAGCAGCACGUGAGGCCGAACGAGCCGCACGUGAGGCCGAACGAGCAGCACGUGAGGCCCUUGAGCAGCGGAUGAGUCAGUUCGAGGAGAUACUGAGGCGGUCGGGUCAGCUACCUUGAGCAUCACUUCUA